GGCGAACAAGGCGAGCGAAAGUAAGGUCGAGGGCAAGGAUCACGAUAAGAUUGGCCAACGGAAGAGCCUGAACAAGGUGAACGGCAUCGUGAUAACGGAAGAUUUCAAGGAGGAACUUCAAAAUGCUGCCCUCAUGACACAACAAUCGUACAUCAAUGCUCGCAGCCUUGCCACAACGAGCUCGGCCGAUGGCACGGGCUCUGAUAACGGAGACGAAAGCUCACUCAUGAGCAUCGGUAGCUCAGCGCUCGAGGAUAUCCUGGCGGAGAAGCUCGAGAAGCACAAGGACAAAGAUGAAAACAACAAACUUUCCAACAAGGUGCUGGUGAUGCAACCGAUACUCCGUUUCCUGCAGCUACUCUGCGAGAACCACAACCCGGAGCUACAGAAUCUGUUGCGCAAUCAGAACAACAAGACGAACUACAAUCUCGUCUCCGAGACGCUCAUGUUCCUGGACUGUAUCUGCGGUUCGACGACCGGUGGGCUCGGACUGCUCGGCCUCUACAUCAACGAGAACAACGUGUCGCUCAUCAACCAAACACUGGAAACGUUGACCGAGUACUGUCAGGGACCGUGCCACGACAAUCAGAAUUGUAUCGCAACGCACGAGUCGAACGGGCUGGACAUUAUCACGGCACUCAUCCUGAACGACAUCAAUCCGCUCGGUAAGAAUCGGAUGGAUUUGGUGCUGGAGCUGAAGAACAACGCCUCGAAGUUGCUGCUGGCCAUCAUGGAGUCGCGGGGGGAUAGUGAAAACGCCGAGCGGAUCCUAGCCAACAUGAAUCCGAAGCAGCUGGUGGAUGUGGCCUGCCGGGCGUACCAUCAGGAUGAGAAUAUACUGAUGCUGCUGAAUCAGAGCGAGGGGAGUGGUGGAACCGGUGGCAGUGGUACGGCUGGAAUGGGUGGUGGAGGAGGCGGUGCCGGGGGUGAUGGAGAUGGCGGGUACGGCGCUAGCUUGCGGCCAGAUCUCGGUGAUGAUGGGCACGACGAUGAUGAUGUUGGUGUGUCCCCGAAGGAGGUUGGCCAUAAUAUCUACAUUCUCUGCCAUCAGCUAGCGCAGCACAACAAGGAACUGGCUGGGUUGCUGAAGAUCGACACGUACAGUACGGCAACACCGGCGGCCAGUGGUGGCGCAGGUGGAUUGGCGGCGGUUGCUGUUUCAUCGGCGGCCACUGCUGCCGCUAGUGCCGCUAGUAAGGCCAAUAGCAAAACGAAUCAGGCGCUACUGUACUACCAAACGCACACGGCACAGAUUGAAAUUGUGCGGCACGAUCGAACGCUCGAGCAGAUCGUGUUUCCGAUUCCGGAGAUUUGCGAGUAUCUGACGAAGGACACGAAAGUGCGGGUACUGAAUACGGCCGAACGGGACGAUCAGGGGAGCAAGGUGGCCGAUUUCUUCGAUCGCCACGAAGCGAUGUUUAACGAGAUGAAGUGGCAGAAGAAACUGCGGGGGCAACCGGCCCUGUUUUGGGUCAGCAGCUACAUGUCGCUGUGGAGUAACAUUCUGUUCAAUCUGGCCGUGCUCAUCAAUCUGAUUGUGGCGUUUUUCUAUCCGUUCGAAAAUGCUGUCCCGGAGCUAAGCUUCCAUCUAUCGUCGCUGAUCUGGAUCGUGAUGCUCGUCUCGCUGGCCAUCGUCAUUACGUUACCGCGCCAAUCGGGCAUCCGAACGUUCGUCGUCGCACUGAUUUUGCGGCUCAUCUUUUCCUGUGGCCCCGAACCGACACUAUGGCUGCUCGGAUGCAUUACCGUCGUCAUGAAGGGUGUGCACAUUAUCAGCCUGAUGGGCAAUUACGGAACACUCGAGAAGCAUCUUUUCUCUAUCCUGACGGAUGCUGAGCUACUGUAUCACUUCUUCUAUCUGUUGUUUUGUGUGUUUGGCGUACUGUUGCAUCCUUUCUUCUUCUCCAUCUUGCUGUUUGACGUGGUGUACCGGGAGGAAACGCUAUUGAACGUAAUUCGGUCGGUGACGCGCAACGGUCGGUCCAUUAUACUGACGGCCGUACUGGCGCUCAUUCUCGUCUACAUGUUCUCCAUCAUCGGGUACAUGUUCUUCCGCGAUGACUUUCUCGUGCCCGUCGACGAAGAGUACAGUCCACCACCGGCGGUCCCACCAACACUGCCUAUGGAUUGUGCCACGGCUGGUGAAUCGGUAGUGCCGGCCGCGAGUCAUAUGGUUCCCGGGGCGGAUUUCAUCGGCGAAGGGGGUCAGCAAAGCUGCAACCGUCCGGAGCAGGCGAGCACAGAUGGCGGAAGCGACGGAGGCGCGGGUGAUGGUGAGAUGAAGGAGCGAGGCUGUGAUUCGAUGAUCAUGUGCAUCAUCACCACGAUGAACCAGGGCCUUCGGAAUGGGGGCGGUAUCGGGGACAUUUUGCGGGCGCCGAGCCGAAAGGAAACACUGUUCGUACCACGCGUCGUUUACGAUCUGCUGUUCUUCUUCAUCGUCAUCAUUAUUGUGCUCAAUUUGAUCUUCGGUGUGAUCAUCGACACGUUUGCCGAUUUGCGUAGCGAGAAGCAACAGAAGGAGCUGAUCCUGAAGAACACCUGUUUCGUCUGUGGCCUGAACCGGUCGGCGUUCGACAACAAGACGGUCAGCUUCGAGGAGCACAUCAAGAACGAGCACAACAUGUGGCACUAUCUGUACUUUAUCGUGCUGGUGAAGGUGAAGGAUCCGACCGAGUUCACCGGCCCGGAAAGCUACGUGCACGCGAUGGUCAAGGCGAACAUCCAGGACUGGUUCCCGCGGUUACGUGCGAUGUCGCUCGCUGCCGUUGAUGGUGAUGGGGAGCAGAUUGAGCUGCGCAGUUUGAAGAACCUGCUGGAAACGAAUCACGUGGCCGUGCGGGAACUGAUGGCGCAGAUUAUGGAGCUGGAGAAUAAGAUGACGGAACAGCGUAAGCAGCGUCAGCGGCAUGCCCUGCUCAAUCCAACCACCUCAACAUCGUACCAGUUCUAUCCGCAGCUCUGAUACUCCGCCUCGUCCGCACUGCUCGGUGAUGAGGGAAUACGUCCCCGGAAGCCGUAGGCACAUGGUGAGGGAUCGUCACAGACACUCGUUUACAGGAAUCAAUGAUGAUCAGGGUUAUCGGGACUGGGGAUUUGUGAUAAUGCGUGCAAUCCGAUGUUGUGAGAUCGAGGUUUUGGAGGUGGGUGGGAUCUAUUGGAUCCACCACCCACCACCUAUCUGUUCUGUUAUUCUGUAGUAAGGCACAAAUCUCGAGCAUACAUUUGAAUCUCGGGCAUUGAAGCAUGUCGUUUAUUUUAUGUGUAUGUUGCCGAUUGAAAAAGGGGAAUAAAUCCGAUCGGGGGUGUCGCACCCACGUGUCUCCGGUGGAGAUCGGCACCGGAGAACUUGUGAAUCGCAUCCGUAGACCGUAGCCCACCAGUUUGUAGUCAAUUUUGUGUAGGUCCUCCAACGUCUUAAACGUGUAUACCUUUUGAUACUGAACAGUUUAUAGUCGUUGUUCGGGUGCGUUCUUCCAGCAUUCUGCACUCACUUUGCGUGAAGAGUGUCUUUGAGAAUGUAUCACGAAACCUCCAUCUCCUUAUCCUGAUAGUCUUCUUUGCUUUUCUUUCAAUCAAAAUCCCAUUCCUCACUCUCUCUCUUAAGACAAUAAUUCUAAAUUGAAGCACAACCCCACUAAGCAACGAAGCCUCAAUAGCUAGGAAGUCUCUCACUACUCUCUUACGUCGCAUUCCCUAGCGAAGCCUUUUGUGAUAUCCUUACUUUAUGCAGUGUGUACCCUCUUUCGAUACUUACGCUUUACUCUAUGGCUCUAGGUAAUUGGUUCCUUGAAAUUCCUGCUACUCUACGUUUCGCUGCGUUGUCCGUUGGUGUUUGCCGUUGUUGAAUACAUUUCCGUGCGAAACGAAACGAGCACAGGAACGGUAUUUCUGUUACUUUCUUGGUAGUUUCCUUGUUAGAACAAAGAAUAGGAUUGGUUAAACUGGCCAUUACUGGGAUUAUAACGAGUAGCGGAAAGAAAUACACAUUUAGCAUAGGCAUAACAUAGCAAAUAGGAGGGAGGGAGUGCACCUUAUAAGGAAUCAACGUUCUGGCGAGGAUGGAAGAUAGCGGUUAAAAUGAGCUAAAUCAAAUAGUUAUACUUCACCUUAUAGAUAAUAACCCUGUCACAAAGUCACACUUUAAGCCUGAUCCACAGCAGCUCAAUGCAGCGGGCACUCGAUGAUCGGAGCACGAGGAGAGUAAGAUUGUUAGUGAAGUAAAUCACCGGAAGACUGCACCAGGUGGUACGGUUGUUAAGUAGUUUAAAAGAAGAAAAAAAGAAUCGAAUCUGCUAGGGUAUCUAGGAUGUGUAGUCGUAGACCUGGGACUGAUGCUGUACUCUGGGCGAUACGCUCGAAUUGGUCGUUGUGUUUAGCAUAUAGCAGCAGCAUCAGUCACGGGCUAGUGUUUCGCACUUUGGAAUUAAACUAUUUAUCAAAACAA